GCGCUGCUGCUGCUGGGGGCCGCGGCCCUGGCCUGCCUGGCCCUGGACCUCCUCUUCCUGCUCUUCUACUCCUUCUGGCUGUGCUGCCGGCGGCGCAAGAGCGACGAGCACCUGGAGGCUGACUGCUGCUGCACCGCCUGGUGCGUCAUCAUCGCCACGCUGGUCUGCAGCGCGGGCAUCGCGGUGGGAUUUUACGGCAAUGGAGAGACCAGUGACGGCGUCCAUCGGGCCACCUACUCGCUCCGCCACGCCAACCGCACGGUGGCGGGGGUCCAGGACCGCGUGUGGGACACCGCAGCGGCCCUGAACCGCACGGCCGAGCCCAGCCUGCAGAGCCUGGAGCGGCAGCUGGCCGGACGGCCCGACCCCCUGCGCGCCGUGCAGCGGCUGCGGGGCCUGCUGGGGACGCUGCUGGGCUACGCGGCCUCCGUCCCAUUUUGGAAGAACCCGGCGGUGUCGCUGCAGGCGCUGGCGGAGCAGGCGGAGCUCUACGACUGGUACAGGUGGCUGGGCUAUCUGGGCCUGCUGCUGCUGGACGUUGUCGUCUGCCUCCUGGUGCUGGUGGGCCUCAUCCGCAGCUCCAAGGGCAUCCUGGUCGGGGUCUGCUUGCUGGGGGUCCUGGCCCUGGUCAUCAGCUGGGGCACACUGGGCUUGGAACUGGCUGUGUCUGUGGGCUCCAGUGACUUCUGCGUGGACCCUGACACCUACGUGAGGAAGAUGGUGGGGGAGCACUCAGUGCUGAGUGAGGACAUCCUACAGUACUACCUGGCCUGCUCACCCCACGCCGCCAACCCCUUCCAGCAGAAGCUGUCGGGCAGCCACAAGGCCCUGGUGGAGAUGCAGGACAUGGUGGCUGAGCUGCUGAGGAGCGUCACACGGGAGCACCCAGCCACCAAGGACCCCCUGCUUCGCGUCCAGGAGGUGCUAAACGGCACCGAGGUGAACCUCCGGCACCUGACGGCCCUCGUGGACUGCCGCAGCCUGCACCUGGACUACGUGCAGGCCCUGACGGGCUUCUGCUAUGACGGCGUGGAGGGCCUCAUCUACCUGGCCCUCUUCUCCUUCGUCACGGCCCUCAUGUUCAGCUCCAUUGUCUGCAGCGUCCCACACACCUGGCAGCAGAAGAGGGGCCCCGAGGAGGAUGGGGAGGACGAGGCUGCACCGGGGCCACGGCAGGCACACGACAGUCUAUACCGCGUCCACAUGCCCAGCCUCUACAGCUGUGGCAGCACCUAUGGCAGUGAAGCCAGCAUCCCGGCCGCGGCCCACACGGUCAGCAACGCCCCGGUCACCGAGUACAUGAGUCAGAAUGCCAAUUUCCAGAACCCCCGCUGUGAGAACACCCCUCUCAUUGGGCGUGAGUCCCCACCACCCUCAUACACGUCCAGCAUGAGAGCCAAGUACCUCGCCACGAGCCAGCCUCGCCCCGAGUCCAGUGGCAGCGUGCACUAGACCGCCACCCCUGUGCCAAUCGCCCACCCUCCUGUGCCAGCACUGCUUCCAUCCGUGGCCACCUGCCUGCCGACCCUCCACACACCAGCUCUGGGCACAGCCGAGGCCCCACCCUGCUCUCCCUCCCCGCAGAGUCGUCCAGAAUGACCUCUGGGCCAGGCUUAGAAGGAAGGGUUCUGGGCCACCCCCAGCCUGGGUCACACACCUGGACAGAUGCUGCCACCAAACCUGGCCUCCCGCUCCACAGGUCCCUGUGCUGUCUUGGACCGCUGAGACCUGCUCUGUGCCAGGUGCCUGUGUCCUGACACACUCCUUCUGCUGAUGGCCUUCCAGCCUCGUACACCUCAGCCCUGGCCUUCCCUGACCCACCCCUUCCCUCCCACAGCCGCCAUUGUCUCCUGGUGCCGCCCUCGCCUGCUAGCCCCGUGCUUCUGUGGGUCACAUCUUAGUUCACAGGCCAGCAGGAGACCCGUGACUGACAUCGCUGGCCACUGAGGGACAGACCUGCACCUGCCUGCUUGUCUCGCACGUGUGGACUCCCCGCCCCCCACGCCCAUCUCUCUGCAGCAUCUCCGCCCACCUCCUCUGGUCCACACGGCUCACUGGCUCAGCCCUGCUUCUCCCGCCAGCUCCUCCUCCAGGGAGGCUCCCUUCUCUGCCUCACCCAGCACCUCUCUCCCUCAGCACCCGCCCUGCCUGAGGCAUCCGGCCUUCCCCGGACAGCAGGUGUCACACAGGGCCUCCCAGUGCUGGCCGCCUUGGUGCCAAACCCCUCCUCCCCCCUCCCCCCAGGACGUAGCAGCUUCCUGCGGUUUGUCUCUUGCACUAACCACAGUGUCCUCUCCGUGGCAGGCGGGCGGUGGGCCGAGCGCGAUGCUGCUCCCUUCCUUCCCUUCCUGUCUGCUUUCAACAGGACAGGUGCAGCGUCUCUAGGGCCCUGCCUCGGGCGCUGGACCUCAACUGGCUGUGAAUGUCCCCAGCCUCCGGUGCCCGUCUGGGGACUAACCACUAACCUCACUCCCAGCCUCCAUGGGUGCCCCUGGCUGACCAGAGCCAACAGGUCUAACCCCCGUCCAGCCUGGACCCAAGGCCCAGGACUGCAGUGGGGGUCCAGGACUGGAGUAGCUGUUUUCUUCGUGGGGUGCUGUUAGGAGGGGGCCAUAGAGGGUCCAGAGACCCCUCCUGGGCAGCUGCAGCCCAGGAGGACGGUGUCCUCAGGAGUCACUGCCCUGUGGACUUCGGACUUGGACUAAGGUCCCUGUGGCCGCAGUCUCCCUCCCUGUGAAGUGGGAACAGGCUUCCCCAAGGUGCUUUUGGUCCUAGCGUGUGAUCUUUGCUUGUGCUCCCGGGGUAGAAGCAACCGCAACCGGCAAGUCAGGACCCCGAGGCCCAGCCCCAGCCAGCUGGGACCACGCGGUCUGGUGCGGGCCUGGCCUGAGGGCCAGGGGCAGCCAGAGUGGGCGGCAACCGAGGCUCCGGCCCUACCGUGGGAGGCGGUUUACAGACCUCUGGUUCUCCCUGCUGGAGCCGCAGGGCAGCUGCCCAGUCCAGAACCGGCCUUGCUCCUCCCUAGGGGGAGGCUCCACCUGCCUUCUUCCAAACCCUUCUCUGUGCUGGUGUCUGGGACCAAAAGGAGGCUGGUGGGCCUAGGGCUGAGCCUGCGCAUCUGAGCCCUCAGGGCAGGACCUAACCUCAGCAGAGGGCUUCUACCCCCGGCCUCACCUGGCCUGGCUGCGGACCAGGAGAUGCAGCCAUGGGCAGCUUGCCCGGUGUCCUCCUGGCUCUCCUGGCCGUGCCUCCGGGGUGCCGUGCUCCCGGGUGCUCUGGGGCGGCUGAGGCCCCGGCUACCCACAGUGAAUGUAUAUAUAGCAUAAGAGGCGGGCACUGCCCAGCGUGGCUGUGGACCUGUGCUGUCUUGGGCGUCCUGACUGUCGUGUGCGUGCCCCAUCUGUGACUGCUCACCGAGGCUGAAGAAAGGAAGGGGCAAGUCGGGGUUCACGCCUCCACCCCAGUCGGCGGAGGGGGCUGCUCCUGCCCUGGUUUUCUUUUCAUUUUGAGUUUUGGGAAUCACUUGACCCCCAUCCCAGUGACCCUCCACACCUCCUGGGGGCGACAGGCCAGGGCCAGCUGCCAGUGACCAGCCCCGCUCCCACUCUGCCCAUGAGGACCCCGAAGCAUGGGAAGGGGAGAGGUCAGAGGAGCUCAGCCACCAGGCAGGUCCCUGGCCAGGCCAGGAGGAGGGGUCCAGCUGGGACAAGCGACUUUCUGCAGGUGUCCACCCCCAUGGCAGGUGGUGGACAGGCCUAGUUGGAAUCAACCCCAACCCUUUUCCCAGCCCCUGCCCCCCAUCUCACUAUGCAAUCCCCGUUCCAAGCACGGAGCCCCCCAGCCCCAGCUCUGCCCAGCUGGGAGGGCGUGGUGAGGCCACAGCCCCUGCGCCCGGGUGGCCGGGGCCUUUGGUGGGGCGUCUUUUUGUGUUGGACCCUAAUGGUUACGUGCCGUACCCCUGUGUUUGUCAUAUACACGAUUUAGUUACGACUCACCCCGGUUCACCUCCCCCACGCGCAGUGUGGGUCACCCCCGAGCGGAGACGGCCUGCUUCCCCUCCAGCCUCCAUAGGGCCUUGGCUGUGUGUCAUGUCGCUGUGUUUUUGUUUUUUAAAACUGGGUUUGGGGUUUGAUUUUUAUUUCUUUGAAGGGGGGGACUUUUAUUUUUCUUGGCAAAUACUAAAAUUCUCGUCAAUGUAAUAUCUGUGGUUUCUAUUCAGCUUGGGUUUCAUGUUUUAAAAUAAAAAUU